AUGCCCCCUCGUUUGUCCCGCCUCCCUCUCCCCUCGCUGCCUCGUCUCACCUGCCCCUCGCCGCCUGUUUGCCCUCUUGUCCUGCCCCGUCUGUCAUCACUUCCUACUUCAUAGGUCUUCCACCACCAACACCUCCAUCGUUGACCAGGUCACCUCCACCAUCAGCAACGCUGCCAGCUACGGUGAGUCUUGCGCUCCGCGCGUCGCGCCCCACCUAACCCGAUGACGACGCCUCGUUGCCCCAGCCGCUGACCCUUCCAUUGCUCAUUUCCUAUAGUCUCCGAGUCCGUCCAAGGCGCCGUUUCCGGUGCCAGCCACGAGGGUAACAAGGAGGUUGCCAGUACGUCGUCUUUAGAGUAUCAUCUGGGUGCGGGCCUUUGGUACGCAGCUAACCUCGCCUAUUCUCAACCGUUUCCCAGAGGACUCUAACGCCUCGCUCAGUGACCGUGCUUCGGCUGGUUUCUCUGCGGUCUCGGACAAGAUCGACCAAAAGUCCCACGACGCCAAGGCUGAGGCCCACAAGGAGUGAGUAGUCAUCGCCGUAUGAGAAGAAACCCGACUGAACAUAGAUACUGACCAUGUUGUGCUUCUGUUCUUUCUCCUCAGGACCGCCAAGAACUGA